AUGGAGGGAAACAUGCGCAACAUCCAGGUUCUUCUUCGGGCGGCGGAGUUCCUGGAGAGGAGGGAGCGCGAGGCCGAGCACGGGUACGCGUCGCUGCAGCCGCUCCGCCCGGAGCCGUCCGACAAGAGGAGCCGCCAGAAGAGCCGGAAGACCUCCGCCGGGGGCAACAAGUCGGUUCACAACGAGCUGGAAAAAAACAGGAGAGCUCAGCUGAGGCGCUGCCUGGAGCAGCUGAAGAAGCAGGUGCCCCUGUCCCCGGACUCCACGAGGAACACCACCCUCAACCUGCUGCGGAGGGCUCAGCUCCACAUCAAGAAGCUGCAGGAGCAGGAUGGGCGAGCGGAGCACCUGAAGGGCCGUCUGCGCUGGGAGCAGAGGGAGCUGCAGGGCCGCCUGGAGCAGCUGCAGAGAGGCAGCGAGAGGAUGAGGAACGACAGCCAGGGGUCAACCAUGUCGUCCGAGAGGUCGGACUCGGACCGAGAGGACGUGGAGAGCGUCGUGUUCGACUGCCUGGACGCCGACGGGCUGAGCGUCCCCGGGGCCGACCACUGCUACUCCAGCAUGGAGCAGGCCUGCCUGCGGCAGCUGGAGGCACAACCCUGACUCGAGUCACUGGUGCAUUGUGGGCCGGGAGAGGAGAAAAACAUUCCAAAAACACGAGCGCGAAAGUAGCGAGAUGUUACUGUACAACUGAACACUUUAUUAUUAUUAUUCUUACAGGUGUAACUUUUGAUAUUCUCUUUUUAAAACAGACUACAAGCUAACUAUGAAUAAGUUCCUCUGCACUGAGCAGCAGUUUGAACUCAGCGGCCGGGAGGAAGUGACAUCACUCUGAGGACGUGACAUCACUGUGAGGACGUGACAUCACUGAGGAAGUGACAUCACUCUGAGGACGUGACAUCACUGAGGAAGUGACAUCACUCUGAGGACGUGACAUCACUGAGGAAGUGACAUCACUCUGAGGACGUGACAUCACUGAGGAAGUGACAUCACUGUGAGGACGUGACAUCACUGAGGAAGUGACAUCACUCUGAGGACGUGACAUCACUGAGGAAGUGACAUCACUGUGAGGACGUGACAUCACUGAGGAAGUGACAUCACUGUGAGGACGUGACAUCACUGUGAGGACGUGACAUCACUGUGAGGACGUGACAUCACUCUGAGGACGUGACAUCACUAUGGACGUGACAUCACUGAGGAAGUGACAUCACUCUGAGGACGUGACAUCACUGAGGAAGUGACAUCACUCUGAGGACGUGACAUCACUGAGGAAGUGACAUCACUCUGAGGAAGUGACAUCACUCUGAGGACGUGACAUCACUGAGGAAGUGACAUCACUCUGAGGACGUGACAUCACUGUCUCCACGCAGCCAUUUAUUCCGGUGACGCUCGUCUUCAUGGCCCCACCGCUCUGUGAUCUUGAAGCUUUUUAUUCCUCUUAACUUAUUCUCCUCCGCCGGCGUGUCCGUGCCGCGCGGUUCCCUCGCUGUGCCGACAGCUCCUCUGCAGCGCUUGAACCUCGCCGCUCUUAUUUAAACGUGCGUCCGUCUCUCCUGUUGCACAAACACCACGUUGCACUUGCCUCUAAAAGAUUGUUUGAUUUAAAAAUGGAAACGGUGAACGAGAAGAACAUUAAACAUGGAAACAUUUUCAUCUGGCAAUGAAGUUGACCGGCGGCGGAUCAUCACGCCGUGUUGUCCAGUUGUCUGAAGGAGUCCCGCUCCUCAUGAUUAAUGUGCAGGACCAGCUUGUCCCUCUGCAGCCGCUCCAUCUCCUCCGUAUGCAAGAAGCCUCGUUGCCUGAGUAUCAAUGCAGCCGUCGCUCCGCCAGUCAUUAUGUAGCAUUUUUCUACUGGUGCAAACUUUUCUAUUGAAUAAAUAUUUUGUAUAUUUAUGACAUUU